AUGGAAGACCCAAUAGAUCCAAUUGUAGAUCCCAUUGAAGAUCUUGGUUAUGUGGAUCAUAAUGGUGUGCACCACCCACCACAAGUUCAUAUUGUGGAUCCUCAAGCUUACAAGACUCCAAUAGGCAUAUCUCCAUAUAGAGUUAUUUAUCGGAAGCCUUGUCACCUUCCGGUUGAGUUAGAACACAAAGCACUUUGGGUAAUAAAAAGGCUUAACUUUGAUCUUGAUAAGGCUGUAAAGGACCGUUUGCUCCAACUCAAUGAGCUAGAGGAAUUGAGAAAUGAUGCCUAUGAUAGUUCAAAGAUCUACAAGGUAAGGACAAAAACAUUUCAUGAUAAAAAUAUUGUGAAAAAGUCCUUUGAGGCAGGUCAAAAGGCUUGGUUAUUCAACUCUAGGCUCAAAUUCUUUCCUGGAAAGCUUAGAACCAAAUGGGAAGGCCCUUAUCUAAUCAUCUCCGUCUUACCUCAUAGGGCAGUUGAACUUCAAAAUCUGAAAGAUGAAGGGACCUUUAAGGUUAAUGGUCAAAGGUUUAAACCAUACAUUGAUGGACAAACUCUUCAAAGAAAUAUGGAAUCUGCUCUAUUAGUGGAUCCCAUUAACUUUAAAGAUUGA